UAAGGUUGUAGAUCCCGAAACCCGUCAAGUACUGGGCGCAAAUCGUCGUGGCGAAAUUUGCCUUAAAGGACCUGUUUUUAUGAAGGGUUACAUAGGAGUAGACCCUUCAAUUUACCUAGACGAGGAAGGUUUCUUCAAAACGGGGGACUUAGGUUAUUACGACGAAGACAAAUACUUUUACAUUGUCGAUAGAUUAAAGGAAAUUAUUUCAUAUAAAGGAGACCAGGUUCCACCCACGGAACUAGAGACUGUCCUGUUACUCCAUCCUGCAGUGAAAGAGGUGGGUGUGGUCGGAAAACCUCAUCCAGAGGACUAUGAACUGCCAACAGCUUUUAUAGUAAAGCGCCCAGGAUUUAAUGUUACCGAACAGGAGUUAAUUGAUUUUGUGGUUGCAGAAGUUCCACCAUAUAUGGAAUUAAAAGGUGGUAUUCGAUUUAUAAAUGAAUUACCAAGAAACCCUAGAGGCAAAAUAUUAAGAAGAACUCUUCGCGAUAUGCUUUUGAAAGAACAGUAAAAAUAGAUAUUUAACUGUUAUUCAGUAAAUAAGUCCUUUAAAUUUUUACUUAUCGUAUUUACAUAUAAUAUUGGUAUAUACAACACAUACCUCUAUAUAGUGUGUACCUCUAUAUUUACCCCAUUAAUUAAAUAUCUUAAUUUUUUUUCUAUCUUGA